AUGUCCGCCACCCUCACCCCGGCGCCCCCAAAACCCCGCCCCACCCCCUCCAAACGCGCCUCUACCGCGCUCCCGCGCCCGCCCGCCCUCACCGUCGACCCCAGCGCGCUGAUCGCGCAGCAUGCCGCCCUCGCGGGCCCGCACCCGAUCCUGGUCGCCGCGAACGUCGUGCUGCACCCGCACGCGCGCAUCAGCAGCCUGCACGGCAAGGUGCUGCUCGGGGAGGGGGUGUGCGUGGCGGAGCGGGCGGUUGUGGGCGUGCAGGGCGCCGUUGUCGGGGCGAGCGUGGGCGGGAUGGGCGCGGGCGGCGGGGUGGUGGUGGGGAAUGGGGUGUGCAUCGAGACGGGGGCGGUGGUGGAGGCGGGGGAGGUGGGGGAGGGGACGGUUGUGGAGGCCGGGGGGAGGGUGGGGAGGGGGUGUGUGGUUGGGAAGUUUUGCACGAUUACGGCGGCGAGUGUUGUUCCGCCUGAUACGGAGAUUCCGGAUUUUACGGUUGUGUAUGGCAUGGGGCUGCGGAGGGUGGAUACGACGCUGAAGGAGAGGGUGGAGUUGCAGGAGAUGAGGUUGUUGAUGCAUGCGAAGCAGAUUGAGGUGUUUAAGAAGUUGAUUCCGAAUAAUGUGGGGAAGUGGAUGGGGUGAGGGGGAUGGAGUGGGUCUCUGGACAUGGACAAAAAGGACGAGAGAUAGAGUGUAACAGAGAGGCAUGGAGGCUUGCGUGUCCUACGAGCAUAUGCACCUGAGGGAAGGGCUAUGAGGGUAGAGGAAGAUCACAGGAGACAGAAGCAUGAGGGCUGUAGCAGAGACUCUAGGCUGAUAUCAAGCACUAGAGUGCAGCGUGCAGGCCGUAUAUGAUCCCUACACCAUCAUAGUCUGCCGGACGAGGUCUAAGUCACGAUUCUAUUAGACUACUUGCGAGCUGCUGCACCAUCAUAAGCAUCUUCACGAUGAUUGUAGAGCUAGCUGAGUCCUUGCUACAGGACGAGUAGAAAGUAAAGGUGGCUCUCUCGCAAUUCCGGUGAGUUGAACUGCCGGU